UAUAAGUGGUGAACAUAUGCAUCAAGUUCCACCAGUUCCUAUCAACAAUAUCAUUUCUUGAUCAGGUUUCGUCGCGCGAUUAACAAUUUUAUGCUGUAAAAUGUAUGCGCGACAGUUGCAACGAUUUUGUAAUAUGUUAUCUAUGAAUUUAUUCGUUUCGCUUAUUCUUCUAGUGGUAAUUAGUCGACAAACUUACUGUGCACAGAUUACUAAUGCAACCACCGCCAAACCAAUCAAUCCCUGCCUGUCAAUUCACUGUGGACCAAACGCCAAUUGCACGAUUCGAAGAGAAGUUCCUAUUUGCCAAUGCGUCGCUGGAACUUCCGGUGAUCCAUACACUGGCUGUAAUCGAGCAUGCGAAACCAGUAAGAACUGCUACGAAGGAUCAGCUUGCAUACGAAACAAAUGCGCCGAUCCAUGCCCAGGCUCAUGUGGUGUUGACGCUGAUUGUAAUGCUAUUAAUCAUAGCCCCAUAUGUUCUUGCCCAGCCGGAUACACAGGAAACCCAUUCUCAAUAUGCAUACGCACAUAUCAUUCAACUGAAAAACCACCCAUUGAACAUGCAUGCCAACCAUCACCUUGCGGACCAAACAGUGAAUGUCGCACGAACGAAAAACAAGCAGUUUGCUCGUGUUUACCAGGCUACAUAGGAAGUCCACCAAACUGUACACGUCCAUGUGGCUUGAAUUCUGACUGCGAGAAGAAUGAAAUCUGCCUGAAGCAGAAAUGCGUCAAUCCCUGUUCCGAUAUUCCUGAUUUUUGCGGAUCACAAGCAUCAUGCUACGUUCGAAAUCAUAAUGUACACUGCUCCUGCCUAUCGGAUUACACUGGAGAUCCAUUUUCGCAGUGUACACCAACGUCUGAAAGCUCACCUCCACAGUCAAACAAUCCAUGCAUUCCUUCGAUUUGUGGAGAAAAUGCAAUCUGCCGCGAACAAUAUGGCUUUGCGACAUGCACCUGUCAAGCAGAAUAUUAUGGCAAUCCUUAUGAAAGAUGCCGGCUAGAAUGUGAUGUCAACAGUGACUGUUCAUCCCAUAAAGUGUGUGUUGAAAAUAAAUGCCAAGACCCGUGUCCAGGAACGUGUGGAGCAAAUGCCGAAUGUAAAGUUACAUCACAUGUGCCAAUAUGUACAUGCUGGCCUAGAUACACAGGAAAUCCAUACGCAUAUUGUACUCUAAUACUAGAAGCAAACACCACCGAACCAACCAAUCACUGCCAUUCAUAUCGCUGUGGACCAAACGCCAAUUGCACGAUUCGAAAAGAAGUAGCUGUUUGCCAAUGCAUCGCUGGAACUUCCGGUGAUCCAUACACUGGCUGUAAUCGAGCAUGUGAAACCAGUAAGAACUGCUACGAAGGAUCAGCUUGCAUACAAAACAAAUGCGUUGAUCCGUGCCCAGGCGUAUGUGGUGUUGAUGCUGUUUGUAAUGUUGUAAAUCAUCUUCCUGUUUGUUCGUGUCAGCCCGGAUACACUGGCGACGCAUUCUCAGUAUGCAGACAUACGAAUUCUUCAACUGAAACCCCUCCAGUUGAAAACGCAUGCGAACCAACACCUUGCGGACCCAACAGUGCAUGUCGCACUAUUAAUGGACAAGCAGUUUGCUCGUGUUUACCAGGCUUCAUAGGCGCUCCACCGACAUGUACAUCUGAAUGUGUCUUGAAUUCUGAAUGUGGGGAGAAUGAAGCCUGCAUCCGACAAAGAUGCAUCGACCCAUGUCCGAACACAUGUGGUGUUGACGCUGUGUGUAAUGUUGUUCACCAUAAUCCUGUUUGUUCGUGUCCACGUGGAUAUAUAGGCGACCCAUUCUCAAUAUGCACACACACGAAUUCUUCAACUCAAACUCCACCGAUUCAAAAUCCCUGCGAACCAUCACCUUGCGGACCACACAGCGCAUGUAACUUGUACCAUGGAACAGAACCAAUUUGCUCAUGUUUACCAGGCUUCAGAGGCCAUCCACCAACAUGUACACGACCAUGUGGCUUGAAUUCUGACUGUGAGAAGGAUGAAAUCUGCCUGAAGCAAAAAUGCAUCGAUCCUUGUUCCGAUAUCCCUGAGUUUUGCGGAUUACACGCAUCGUGCUACGUUCGAAAUCAUAACGUACACUGUUCAUGCCCAUCGGAUCCGAACGGAGAUCCAUUUUCAAAGUGUUCACCAGGAUCGCCGAUAUCUCCGGCCACGAAUUCAACAUCUCCCUGCGCUAGUAAACGGAAUCCAUGUGGUCCAAACUCCCAAUGUAGAGAAAUUAAUGACACUGCUGUGUGCUCCUGUAUACCAGGUUAUGUUGGAUCACCGCCAUCUUGUCGAACGGAAUGUACCGUGAAUUCAGAUUGCUAUAGAGAUUUGGCCUGCAUUAAUCAACGUUGUAGGACUCCUUGCCUGGGAACCUGCGGUAUCAAUACAGAAUGUAGGACUAUAGAGCAUAUUCCCAAUUGCAAUUGUAUCAAUGGAUAUACUGGCAAUCCUUUCGUCCAAUGCUCUCCAAUUAAUACCACUUCGAAUCCGACAACAAAUCCACCAACAGGUGCCUGUUUAUCAAGUCGUUGUGGUUUGAAUACGGUAUGUAAAGACAUCAAUGGCACUGCUGUAUGCACUUGUUUACCCGGUUACAUGGGAUCACCAGAAAUAGGCUGUCGGCCGGAAUGUGUCACUCAUUCAGAAUGCGUUAGUCACUUAGCCUGUAUUAACCAAAAAUGUACAGAUCCUUGUCCGGGAACCUGUGGUAUCAAUGCAACAUGUCGGGUUAUACAGCAUAAUCCCUCAUGCACUUGUAAUGCUGGGUAUAAUGGAGAUCCUUUCGAUAGAUGCUCUCCAAUUCCGACCAGCGAGUAGCAAUCGCUCGUGUCCACCAAAGGCACACUGAGGAAAUCCGCAUUCAACGUUUUCACCAAUAGGAAUAGUGAAUAUUUUUACAUCCAGCGUAUUGGCAGCCUUGCCGAUAUCCUUAUUUUAAACAAAUGAUUCAGUGGAUACUGUUCUGGUGAUAACAAUUAGUGGUAAUUUCAUACUUGAUUAUUGUAUUAUUUGUCUAUUGUCGAAUACAACUUUUCCCAAAA